AUGGCGAUUUUGAAGGCCCUCCUGCUCGCUCGGGCAGAAGGCUGGGUAAGUGUGACUAUUUUCUCAGACUCCAGGUCGGCCCUAUCCGCGGUGAGAUCUCGCUUUAAUCCUCGCUCCAGCUCUUACUUGGUGCUACGUGUAAAGUCGGUCUUGCUGGACAUGGAACGGGCGGGUACGCUUACCCGGCUGGUCUGGAUACCUAGUCAUGUCGGAAUUCGGGGUAAUGAGAGGGCUGACGCACUCGCUAAGGAUGCCAUUCCACAUGGCGUGGACUCACAAUUGGGAGUACCGCUAAGGGAGAUUAAAAAUUAUUGGAAAAAGGAUAUGUUCACUGAGCUUUUCGACUGGUGCUCGCGUGAGGCGGCGGUGCGCGGUUUCUUUUACUGUCACAAGUAUCUGACGCGAUUUUGCCAUCCAUGGUUUGCCUUCUUUAACAUUAGGAGAAGGACGGUUACUACGUUCAACAGGCUUUGCAGCGGGCACUCUUCCCUGCGGGCGCAUCUUUUCCGCUUCCGGAUUGUGGACUCCCCUCUCUGCCCUGCCUGUGGAGUGGAGGAGUCCCCGAAUCACAUGUUUUGGGUCUGCCCUGAGUUUGACAAGGAACACCAACUACUGGUGAGGGGCUUGGUUAAGGCUCGUGGCUUCCUUCCUCACCCUGUGGAAUACCUUAUGGCCACGCUGCGUAAAGACAUUCUUCCUCCGGUGGAAGAAUUUAUUACUUCCAUUCCCAAAUUUAUUUAA